AUCAGAAUCACAUCGCUGAUCGUAAAAGCCGGAGCGCAGAGCGCGAGAGUCUGGAACAAAGGCGCGCGGACGUGAGGGAUCUGAAGAGGGAAUAGAGGAGGAAGAGGACGAGGAGGAAGAGGGUGAUGAUGGUCUGACCACCAUCCUGUGUCUUGCGUUGCAACCUAACAGUAGACAUUCGAUACAGUGCGGGGCGGUGCGGUGCGGUGCGGGGCAAAGGCGCGUGCUGAAGCAGAUGGAGCAGAGAGGGAUGCAGAGGAGAGCUCACUGACUCUCACACACACACUGACACAGGAGGAAGAUCACACAGCAGUGUGUGUGUGUGUGUGUGUGUGUGUGUGAGGUUGAGCUGAACACUGCGGGAUUUCCUCAGGAUUUUCUUCACAGCUCGGACCGGCUGCAUCGCGCAGGUAUGGUCUGUGACACACACCACAGCAGAAGCAGUAGAAGCAGGAGAAGCAGCAGCAGCGCUACCAUGAGAGGAAGUGUGUGCUUCACCGCCGUCUUCCUCGGCUUCACAUGGCACGUCAGCCUCUCGCAGGCCACCACCGCAACCCCGAAUGAAGCAGAGUUGAACGACAACAUCACAGUUUUCACUCGGAUCCUGGAUGGACUGCUGGAUGGCUACGACAACAGACUGCGUCCCGGCCUGGGAGAAAAGGUGACUGAGAUCAAGACCAACAUCUUUGUCACCAGUUUUGGUCCCGUGUCUGAUACUGAGAUGGAGUACACCAUUGAUGUGUUUUUCCGCCAAAGCUGGAAGGAUGAGCGCUUGCGUUUCAAAGGGCCCAUGGGGAUGCUGCCCCUGAACAACCUGCUGGCCAGCAACAUCUGGACUCCUGACACCUUCUUCCUGAACGGCAAGAAAUCCAUCGCGCACAACAUGACCACGCCGAACAAGCUGCUGAGGCUGCAGGAUGACGGCACGCUGCUCUACACCAUGAGACUGACGAUAUCAGCGGAGUGUCCGAUGCAGCUGGAGGAUUUCCCCAUGGACGCUCACGCCUGUCCUCUCAAAUUCGGGAGCUAUGCCUACCCGAUCUCAGAGGUGGUGUACAAGUGGACCCAAGGUCCAACCAAGUCUGUGGUGGUGGCGGAGGACGGCUCACGACUCAACCAGUACCAUCUGAUUGGCCAGACAGCCGGCACUGAGGACAUCAACACCAGCAGAGGCCUCUACACAGUGAUGAUGGCUCACUUCUACCUGAAGAGAAAGAUCGGAUACUUCGUCAUCCAGACCUACAUGCCGUGCUUCAUGACCGUCAUUCUGUCCCAGGUCUCCUUCUGGCUGAACCGGGAGUCUGUCCCUGCGAGGACGGUGUUUGGCGUGACCACAGUGUUAACCAUGACCACACUGAGCAUCAGUGCCCGAAACUCUCUGCCCAAAGUGGCCUACGCUACAGCCAUGGACUGGUUCAUCGCCGUGUGCUACGCCUUCGUCUUCUCCGCCCUCAUCGAGUUCGCUACUGUCAACUACUUCACCAAACGCAGCUGGGCCUGGGACGGCAAGAAAGCCAUGGAAGCUCAACAGCCCAAAAAAAAAGACCCGCUGGCGCUGUCCAAGAAGCCCAACAACACGUGCUCCACCGGCAUGAACUUCACAGCCAACAUCACCAAAGACUCGGCCAUCGCCACCAUCUCCAACAGCACCACCGUGCAGAUGAAGAGCGCCGAGAGCAAGUCCACGCCAGACCCCAAGAAAACCUACAACAGCGUCAGCAAGAUCGACAAGAUGUCCCGGAUAGUGUUCCCCGUCCUCUUCGGUACCUUCAACCUCGUCUACUGGGCCACGUACCUCAACAGGGAACCGGUGAUUAAAGGAGCGGUUUCGCCUACAUAGAAAGUUCUCUCAUUCGUCCCCUUCCUUCCUUCUUUUUUAUUUAUUUUUCAAUCCCUUUUUUUCUCGCCGUUCUUAAUAAACUGGAACAAAAAACCCACCACCCAACGUCCACCAUCACAUUAUAAUGAUCAGAUUAUUAUCCCAUCUCUCCUGCACUCCCCUCUGUUGUAUUUAUUUACAUUUUUAUUUUCGUUCUCAGAGAUUGCAUGAUCAGUCCGAAGCUCUGCAGGAACACCGUCUUAUUGCCAUGUCUGCCUUGACUUUCUACUGUAUAUUACUCUUCUAUUAGGAUUUCAGAGAAGAUUGUUGCAUUUCCCUUACGAAAUCAUAACGUGUUCGACACCAACAAGGGUUUCAAUCACGACCGAUCAGUUUAUGACUUUCAAAUAGGACAAGAUAUGAAGAAAAAUACGCAUUUGGCAUCUCUAUGAGUUUCUUUGUCUGUUACAGUGCCUUGCAUAAG